GCCAGGGGGCGGGGCCGCGGCCGGGACCUGUGGCUCGCAGGUACUGCGGCCCGCGGCGCUCCCUCGGGCACCGGCGCACUGCGCAUGCUCGCUGGCCGCGCGGGGCUGCUCGCGGGGCGGCGGUUACGAGCCGGCUCCUCAGCGGCGGAGGUUGCGGUGCUGCGACGGCGAUGUGAGGGGCCCGCGGCGGGAUGGUGCUGACCCGGGCGGGGCCGCCUUCUUCAACCGAGACUGCGGGCUCCUCGGUUCGACGGGCGGCGGCGGCGGCGGCGGAGGCCGAGCCGGGCGAGAGGUAACAGGCCUACUGAUAGAGGUGGUAGAGAUGCUAUAUUCCAUGAAGGAAAUGAAGACGUGAGAGGGGGAACACUAUUAUUUUAGCAAGAAUCACUAACUGGAAGUGCAGCAUUGGUUAUUUAAUGAUAUUAAAAUGAAGUUUUGAUCAGCAGAGGUGCUGUUACCAGAUUUGUCUUCUGAGUAUAAACUAAAAAUGACUGAAGUUCAAGCAAUGGUAGAAUUCUCCGUGGAGCUAAACAAGUUCUACAAUGUGGAUUUAUUUCAGAGAGGUUUUUACCAGAUUCGUGCAUCUAUGAAAAUUCCACCAAGAGUUCCGCACAGAGUAGAAGCUAGUUUGCUGCAUGCAGCAGGUGUGACUUUAGCCUUUCCAGCUUCAGUUCAUGAUUCUCUGAUUUGCAGUAAAACAUUUCAAAUUCUAUAUAAAAAUGAGGAGGUUGUUUUAAAUGAUGUCAUGAUCUUCAAAGUUAAAAUGUUGUUGGAUGAAAAAAAGAUUGAAGAAACCCUUGAGGAAAUGAAUUUUCUGUUAUCCUUGGAUCUACACUUCACAGAUGGAGAUUAUUCGGCAGAUGAUCUGAACGCCUUGCAGCUAAUAAGCAGCCGCACGCUGAAGCUGCACUUCAGCCUCCAGAGAGGCCUCCAUCAUCACGUUAACGUCAUGUUUGAUUAUUUCCACCUUUCUGUUGUGUCUGUUACAGUCCAUGCGUCACUGGUUGCGCUACACCAGCCACUGAUAAGUUUUCCUCGUCCUGUGAAGACGACUUGGUUAAACAGAAAUGCACCAGCACAAAACAAAGAUUCUGUGAUUCCUACUCUUGAAAGUGUGGUCUUUGGUAUUAACUACACAAAGCAGUUAUCACCGGACGGCUGCAGCUUUGUCAUCGCAGAUUCCUUCCUGCGGCACGCCUACCGUUUCCACUACACCCUCUGCGCUGCCCUGCUGCUGGCCUUCAAGGGGCUGCACAGCUACUUCAUUACGGUAACCGAAGAGCUCCCCUCUUGUCAGAAACUAGAACUGGCCAAAGCCAACAUGCAGGUCCUUUAUGAGCGCCUUCUCAGAAGAAAACAGCCAGCAACCCAGAAAGACACCUGUCUAGAGGAAAUGGAUGUAGAAGCUCGACUUACUGAAUUAUGUGAAGAAGUUAAGAAAAUAGAAAAUCCUGAUGAACUGGCAGAACUUAUAAAUAUGAAUCUUGCACAACUUUGCUCACUUUUAAUGGCUUUAUGGGGACAAUUUCUGGAAGUUAUAACACUACAUGAGGAACUAAGACUAUUACUAGCACAAGAGCACCAUACUCUGAGGGUGCGCAGGUUUUCUGAGGCCUUCUUUUGUUUUGAACAUCCAAGAGAAGCUGCCAUUGCAUACCAGGAACUUCAUGCUCAGAGUCAUCUCCAGAUGUGCACCGCUAUCAAAAACACUUCCUUCUGCAGCUCUCUCCCACCCCUGCCUAUUGAAUGUAGUGAAUUAGAUGGAGAUCUCAAUUCGUUACCUAUUAUCUUUGAAGAUAGGUAUUUAGAUUCAGUUACUGAAGACUUAGAUGCACCCUGGAUGGGAAUUCAGAGUCUUCAGAGAUCAGAGUCCAGUAGAAUGGAUAAAUGUGAGACUGAAGAAAGCGCUCUAGCUGGACUUUCCAGCCCAGAGUUGAAAGUCAGACCUGCUGGGACCUCCAGUUUUUGGUCUACAGAAGGUGAAAAGCAGCUAACAAAGUCUCUAAAAGGAAAGAAUGAAGAAUCAAAUAAAUCCAAGGUUAAGGUUACUAAGCUCAUGAAAACAAUGAAACCUGAAAACACAAAAAAAUUAAUAAAACAGAACUCUAAGGAUUUGGUGGUUUUGGUAGGCUACAAAUGCUUGAAAAAUACAGCAUCAAAUGAUCUCUUUAAAAGCUUUGAAGGCAACCCUACACAUAGUCAGAAGGAAGGUCUGGACCCCACAAUAUAUGGAUAUAAUUUUGAUCCAAAGACCUACAUCAGACAGACAAGUCAAAAGGAAGCUAGCUAUUUGCCAGCUAAUACAGAAAGAACUGAACAAAAGUCUCCAGAUAUUGAAAAUAUGCAACCAGACCUGUUUGAUCCUUUGAACUCUGGCAGCCUAAAUGUUUGUGCAAAUUUGUCCAUUUCAGGUAAACUUGGUAUCUCCCAGGAUGAUAGUGAAAUUGCACAAGUGGAACACAGUGUGGCAUCCAGAAGCUCAUCAGACGAUUGCCAUGAUCGUCAGUCUGCCCCCACUUCAGGAGUUAGGACAAUUGAAGUUAAGCCGUGUAAUAAAGACUAUUUCAGUGGAGAGAAAGUAACUAUUAAAAUAGGACCUUGGACAGAGCUUCAACAAGAUGAAAUAUUUGUGGAUAAUUUACAACUGCCCAACUUUGAGUCCUUAGACUCUAACAGUAAAUCUAGACCUAUGGAAAUAACACUUGAAAAGGAAGCUUUGCAGGAAGCUAAGUGUCGUUCUGUUGGAGAAUCGUUAGCUAAGUUAAGAAAUAAUCAACCUACUUCUACAAGAGAAUACCACCUUGUAGUGAGUGGAGAUGCCAUUAAGUUACCAGACAUUAGUGCCACGUGUGCCUCAUCUCGGUUCUCAGACUCAGGUGUGGAAAGUGAACCAAGUUCUGUUGCAGCGCAUCCAAACCCUGACAUAGUCUUUGAAACUGUACCAGGGCAGGGUCUUUACAUCAGUGAGAGGUUGUUUCCUCAGCUUUUGAUGAAGCCUGACUGUAAUGUAAAGUUUUCACUAGGCAGUCACUGUACUGAGAGCACAAGUGCUUUCAGUGAGAUCCAGUCGUCCUUAACCUCCAUAAAUUCUCUGCCUUCUGAUGACGAGCUGUCACCUGAUGAAAAUCCUAAGAAAUCUGCUGUAUCUGAAUGUCACCUAAGUGAUAGCAAAACUGUGUUAAAUCUAGGAACAACUGAUGUGCCAAAAUGUGACGAUAGGAAAAAGUCAAGUAUUAUUUUGCAGCAGCAGAGUGUCAUAUUUUCAGGGCAUUCGGACAGUGAAACUAUAGAAAUACAUUCCUUAAAUUCAAGCAUUAAAGACCCUUUACAAUUUGCUUUUUCAGAUGAAGAUACUUCCAGUGAUGUGAAAAAUAGUUGCAGCUCCAAACCUAACUUGGACACUGUGUGUAAAGACUCCCAGAGUCCUGAUAAAUCCAGUGACUCUGUAGGAACCACAGUUCCAUUAAGUUUAGAACUGGCUUGUUCAGGCACCCCUUGUGUCAUUUCAGGUUCCGUUUCCACCAGGGCAGAUAGCAGUGGAGAUAGAACUGUGAAAAGAAAAAACAGCGAUGCAUUAAAUCCCAAACAAAUGUGUUCAGAAGCCCCUGCAGUUAAAGAUGAAACUUACCUGAGUACAGGUGAUGCUUUUUCAGCCAGUCCUGAUAUGGUAAAGCAAGGGCUUGUGGAAAAUUAUUUUGGCUGUCAAAGCAGUACGGAUGUUUCUGACAUGUGCGCUAUUAGCUACAGCCAUUCAGUUAGCCCUCAGAAAGAAACUUCUGGAAAAGAAAUGAGUAGUCCUCAGCGGGAUCAGGGUAAAGAUGAGGAAGAGGAAGAGCAGGAUCAACAAAUGGUUCAAAAUGGGUAUUAUGAAGAGGCAGAUUACUCCGCUCUGGAGGCUGCAGGAGAUGCCCACUGUGCAGACGGAGCUGCCCUGGGAGAAGAAAGACUUGCCAAGCCUGAAAGACUGGCCGGCGACUAUCUGAGGGAUGGCAUCGCCGUGCCUACUGUCUGUACUUCUGGCUGUCUGUCCUUCCCGUCUGCACCACGAGAGUCCCCUUGUGGCGUUAAGUACUCUUCUAAGAGUAAGUGUGACGCUGUUACCAAGCAGCCGAGCAGCGCCUCCCACAGCUGCACCUCGUCGCUGUCCUGGUACGAAAACUCGCCAAAGCCUCAGAUACAAGCCUUCCUUCAGGCAAAAGAUGAAUUGAAGCAACUUAAACUCCCCGGGUUCAUGUACAGCGAUGUUCCUCUGCUGGCAUCUUCAGUCCCUUAUUUUUGCGUGGAGGAGGAGGAGGAGGACCAUUGUGAAAAUGGAGUGCAUCUCAUUGUCUGUGUGCACGGCCUAGACGGUAACAGUGCAGAUCUCCGAUUAGUAAAAACUUACAUUGAACUUGGGCUGCCUGGGGAAAGAAUUGAUUUUCUUAUGUCUGAAAGAAAUCAGAAUGAUACUUUUGCUGAUUUUGAUAGCAUGACUGAUCGCCUUCUGGAUGAGAUAAUACAAUAUAUUCAGAUAUAUAGUCUAACAGUCUCAAAAAUAAGCUUUAUUGGACAUUCGUUGGGCAAUUUAAUAAUCCGUUCAGUGCUUACACGACCACGGUUUAAAUAUUACCUCAGCAGGCUUCAUACCUUUCUUUCACUUUCUGGACCUCACCUUGGUACACUCUACAAUAGCAGUGCUCUUGUUAAUACAGGUCUGUGGUUUAUGCAGAAAUGGAAAAAAUCAGGUUCUCUUUUACAAUUGACAUGUCGUGAUCAUUCAGACCCUCGCCAAACUUUCUUAUACAAGCUUAGUAAUAAAGCAGGGCUUCACUACUUCAGAAAUGUUGUACUAGUGGGAUCUCUGCAAGAUCGCUAUGUUCCUUAUCAUUCUGCCCGCAUUGAAAUGUGCAAGACAGCUUUGAAGGACAAACAGUCAGGACAGAUCUAUUCAGAAAUGAUCCACAACUUACUUCGCCCAGUUCUGCAAAGCAAGGACUGUAACUUGGUUCGAUAUAAUGUCAUCAAUGCAUUGCCCAAUACAGCUGAUUCACUCAUUGGCAGAGCUGCACAUAUAGCUGUUCUGGAUUCAGAAAUAUUUUUAGAGAAAUUCUUUCUGGUUGCUGCCCUCAAAUAUUUCCAAUAGAAUUAAAAACAUUGGUAGAGACUUGACAAUUACCUCAUUCAACAAUGAUUUAGAUAAUCUAUUAUAAUAAACUAUAGAUGCUGAUAA